GGGUGGCGGCAAGAUGGCGGCGGCCAUGGCGUGGCUGCGGCGCGGAGCCCGCGGGGCGGCUCGGGGGUGCGGGCUGGCGGCCGGGCGGAGCUACAGCGGCGGCGGAGCCUACCCCAGCGUAUCGCUGACGUGCCCGCUGCCCGGCGUGCCCAAGGCCGUGUUCGCGGCCGCCGAGGGCCGGGAGCGCUUCGAGACGAGGGUGACGGUGCUGGAGAACGGGCUGCGCGUCGCCUCCCAGAACAAGUUCGGGCAGUUCUGCACCGUGGGCAUUCUUGUGAAUUCGGGAUCAAGACACGAAGCAAAAUACCUUAGUGGUAUCUCCCACUUCUUGGAAAAGCUGGCCUUCUCUUCCACAGCUCAGUUUGGCAGCAAGGAUGAAAUUCUCCUCACCUUGGAGAAGCACGGGGGCAUUUGUGACUGCCAGGCAUCGAGGGACACCAUCAUGUACGCUGUGUCUGCUGAUGCCAGAGGCCUGGACACUGUGGUCAACCUGCUGGCCGACGUAGCGCUGCAGCCCAGGUUAUCAGAUGAGGAGAUCGAGAUGACCCGCAUGGCCAUACGGUUUGAGCUGGAGGACUUGAACAUGAGGCCUGACCCAGAGCCUCUGCUCACUGAGAUGAUCCAUGCGGCAGCCUUCAGAGACAACACAGUUGGACUGAACAGGUUCUGCCCCAUGGAGAACACGGACAAAAUCGAUCGGGCCGUGCUGCACUCGUACCUGUGCAGCUACUACACCCCUGACAGGAUGGUGCUGGCUGGGGUGGGCAUCGAGCACGAGCAGCUGGUGGAGUGUGCCAGGAAAUACCUGCUGGGAGUGGAGCCCGUGUGGGGCACUGGGCAGAGCAGGGGCGUGGACAGGUCCGUGGCUCAGUACACGGGAGGCAUCGUCAAGGUUGAAAAAGACAUGUCAGAUGUGAGUCUGGGCCCUACUCCCAUCCCAGAGCUCACCCACAUCAUGAUUGGGUUAGAAAGCUGCUCAUUUUUAGAGGACGAUUUCAUUCCCUUUGCGGUGCUAAACAUGAUGAUGGGAGGUGGUGGCUCCUUCUCAGCUGGAGGGCCUGGCAAGGGCAUGUUCACCAGACUAUACCUCAACGUGCUCAACAGGCACCACUGGAUGUACAAUGCAACCUCUUACCACCACAGUUACGAGGACACAGGUCUCCUGUGUAUCCAUGCCAGUGCAGAUCCCAAACAGGUUCGGGAGAUGGUGGAAAUCAUCACCAGAGAAUUCAUCCUCAUGGCAGGAGCAGUGGGAGAGGUAGAACUCGAGCGAGCGAAGACGCAGCUCAAGUCCAUGCUCAUGAUGAACCUCGAGUCUAGGCCAGUGAUCUUUGAGGAUGUGGGAAGGCAGGUGUUGGCCACCAACACAAGGAAGCUACCUCAUGAGCUCUGUGCUCUCAUCAGUCAGGUGAAACCUACUGAUAUCAAGAGGGUGGUCACUAAGAUGCUCCACAAGAAGCCAGCUGUGGCUGCCCUGGGUGACCUGACAGACCUGCCCUCCUAUGAGCACAUCCAGGCGGCGCUUUCCAGCAAGGACGGGCGGCUCCCGCGGCUGUACCGGCUCUUCCGAUAGAGCAGCGCGUCCUGCCAGGCUCACAGACUCCCUUCUUUUGGAACGUGGUUUUCAGAGUAUAAUGUUGCUGUACCACCCUCCCUCCCUCACAUCUUCCCAGCCAUGCUGUGCAACCAUGGAGCUGUGCUGCCACUGAGCAAAGCUGCUUCGGAGCACCGGACUGUGAAGAGCUCGCGUGGGAUUCCUUCCCGAGGGAUGGGGUGGCACCUUAAAGAGCUUGGCUUACACAAAGAAUAUUUAUAGCUGUUACCAGGUUGAACAAAGACUUGCUCAAACUGAAUUAGGACAAUAAUAGUUAUUAUCCCUGUCAAGUUUGGCAAAAAGUUUCCUGCAGCCCAGGUUUUGUUACAAAUCAUGGAUUCAUUUCGUCAGUAGUACCCACCAGGAGUCACAUGUCUGGGAAUUAACUUCAUCAUUUUGCUGGAGCUCAGAGGGAAGCAGACCCAUGGCAUAACCAAGUUUCUGUGGAGUUCAUCUGCAGAGAUACUGUGCAUAAUGCCACAUGGACACCUGAGAAUGAAAACGAUCCUGUUCUUCAGGUUUUUCACCCAGAAGUGAACUGUGCUAAAGAAUAAAAGUUCUUUUCCUCCAGGGUUGCUUUACAAACAGUUAUUAAAGGAGCUGCUGCUGCUGCUGCACCUUAAAACUUGUACCUCAUUUCCUCAGCGUCACUCAGAUGAACUUAAGGCCUUGCAAAAAGAAGACACAAUCAUUUGUCUCACAGCUGAGAUGUCCCUCAGCUGAGAGCCAAGAUCACAAAAUUACAGCAUUUAGAAACAUUACAGUCUUGACUGACUCCAUGGUACAGAAAGCCAAGUGCCACACGUGACGUGCUGAAGAAAUGAAGACUCAAACGAGGAAUAAAACAUUUGAUUUACAUAAUCCCCCAACACAUGGGUUUAAAAAUAUAAACAGCUGCAUUGCAGCACUUCACUGCUAGCUGUGUAUGGUGAGGAGCAAUCAAACUGGGAGCAGAGCACUGUGAGGCAGCUAUUUACCUGCUUUACCCCAUCCUUUCCUUGUGCAACCAGAAGAAAACGUUGCAUUGCUUCUCAUGCAGCCCACAGUCUGGAAAUCCUGUUCAGUUGUUGUGUAUGUUUGUAAGGAAAUAAAGAGGCCUCUAAACAGCUGGAGCAAGUA